AUGCUUGCAGUUAUACACCGAAUAUCAGGAGCAGCUUCCUCGGCGGGUCAGCUUCACCCAAUGACAGAUUAUCGCAGACUCGCUUGUCCUAGCUGUGGCAAAAGUUACAAGUAUAGAGGCGGGUUAAUGAGACACAUAGCCGAGUGUUUUCCUGAGCAGGCUUCCGACGGCUCGCUGGACCUCACCAGCGUUGAUCACUUCAAGGAGAAGAUGUACAAAUUCCCCAAAUAA